CAUAGCGCAGCUGUUUCUGCAGAAGCGCCGCUUCGCCUGCCGCGGGUCUCCCCUCCCACGCCCGCCUUUCUUAUAAAGCCCCGGAGAGCCCCGAGGAUGCCCUUUGCCUGUUGCCCUUAAGAGCGGCCGCAUCCGACUGUCACCCGGUCGCGUCUCGCCGAGGAUUCCCCUUCCCGGAUCGCUUCUGCCAGUGGAUUUUUUCCUGGUUCUUUGCAUUUGCACCCUAUGCUCUGGCAGCCUUUCUCCCAGCACUGUCUUUCUGGAGUUAGCGGAGCGUGCCGUGCUUUGGGGAGGGGGACACCGCGGAAUCGGUCGGAGCAGAACUCUUUGGCGAGAGGGAAAGGCCGGAGAACCGCUGCUUUGGCUAGGUUAGAGCCGAAGAUGGCGAUGAGUGUGGCUGGACCCGUCGCCCUCCUCCUCUUGGGGUUAGCUAGCUCUCUCUUGCAGCCCGUCCGCACUGCUGAGACCGAGCAAUCGGCCAUCCCCGCAGAUAAGUUGUUAAUUCUAACUGUUGCAACCAAGGAAACAGACGGCUUUCACCGAUUCGUGCAGUCAGCAAAGUACUUCAACUACACAGUGAAGGUCCUCGGAAAAGGUGAAGAGUGGAAAGGAGGUGAUGCUCUAAACUCUAUUGGAGGAGGCCAGAAAGUCCGACUGCUAAAGUCUGCACUGGAAAUCUAUGCAGAUCAGGAGGAUUUGGUGGUUAUGUAUGUUGACUGCUAUGAUGUUUUAUUUGCUGGUGGAUCUGAAGAAUUGUUAAAGAAGUUCCAGCAAGCUAACCACAAAGUAAUAUUUGCAGCGGAUGGUUUGAUAUGGCCUGACAAAAGAUUAUCAGACAAGUACCCUGUGGUUCGCAGUGGAAAACGAUUCCUUAAUGCAGGAGGAUUUAUUGGUUAUGCACCAUAUGUAAAUAAUAUUGUACAACAAUGGGACCUUCAGGAUAAUGAUGAUGAUCAACUUUUUUACACCAAAAUCUACAUUGACCAAUUAAAAAGGGAACAUAUUAAUAUUACUUUGGAUCACAAGUGCAAUAUUUUCCAGACUCUAAAUGGAGCUGUUGAUGAAGUUGUUCUGAAAUUUGAUGAAGGAAGACCUAGAGCCAAGAAUUCAUUGUAUGACACUUUGCCCAUCACUCUUCAUGGAAACGGCCCAACUAAAGUUCAUCUCAAUUACUUUGGAAAUUAUAUCCCUAAUGGCUGGUCCCAUGAAACUGGCUGCAGUGCCUGUGACACAGAUUUACUUGAUUUAGAUGCCCUAAAUGAGAUUCCAACAGUAACAAUUGGUGUUUUCAUUGAACAACCAACUCCUUUCCUGUCUAGGUUUUUAGACAGAUUAUUGACUCUAGAAUAUGCAAAGGAAAAACUUUCUCUCUUCAUUCAUAAUAAUGAGGUCUACCAUGAAAAGCAUAUCAAGAAAUUCUGGGAAAAAGCCAAGCAUGCUAUCAGUACUAUAAAAAUUGUUGGACCUGAAGAAAAUCUGAGUCAAGCUGAUGCCAGGAACAUGGGAAUGGACAUCUGUCGCCAGAACAAAGACUGUGACUAUUAUUUCAGCAUAGAUGCUGAUGUUGUUUUAACAAAACCACAGACUUUAAAGCUCCUGAUAGAACAAAACAGAAAGAUGAUUGCUCCUCUUGUUACCCGUCAUGGGAAGCUCUGGUCCAACUUUUGGGGAGCAUUGAGUGCUGAUGGAUAUUAUGCUCGAUCUGAAGACUAUGUGGAUAUUGUCCAUGGAAAGAGAGUAGGUGUAUGGAAUGUUCCUUAUGUAGCUAAUAUAUACCUGAUCAAAGGACAGACCCUCCGAUCGGAGAUGAAAGAGAGAAACUAUUUUGCACGUGAAAGAUUGGAUCCUGAUAUGGCUCUCUGCAGGAAUUUCAGGGAAAUGACUUUACAAAGGGAAAAAGACUCCCCUUCAGCGGAAACAUUCCUUAUGCUCAGCCCCCCAAAGGGUGUUUUUAUGUACAUCACUAACAGACAUGAAUUUGGGCGACUCUUAUCAACUGCUAACUACAAUACUUCUCACUACAACAAUGACCUCUGGCAGAUCUUUGAAAAUCCUGUGGACUGGAAGGAAACCUAUAUAAAUGCUAACUAUUCAAAGAUCUUCACUGAAAAUAUAGUGGAACAGCCAUGCCCAGAUGUUUUUUGGUUCCCCAUAUUUUCUGAGAAAGCCUGUGAUGAACUGGUGGAGGAAAUGGAACAUUAUGGACAGUGGUCUGGUGGCAAGCAUCAUGAUAGCCGUAUCUCUGGAGGAUAUGAAAAUGUUCCAACUGAUGACAUUCACAUGAAGCAAGUUGGGCUGGAGAAUGAAUGGCUGCAUUUUAUUAGAGAAUUCAUUGCACCUGUAACACUGAAAGUAUUUGCUGGCUACUAUACAAAGGGCCAUGCCUUGCUAAAUUUUGUUGUAAAAUACACUACUGACAGACAACGUUCUCUCAGACCUCAUCACGAUGCAUCUACAUUUACUAUCAACGUUGCACUCAACAAAGUAGGACAAGAUUUUCAAGGAGGUGGAUGUAAAUUUUUGAGGUACAACUGUUCAAUUGAGUCCCCUAGGAAAGGAUGGAGUUUCAUGCAUCCAGGAAGACUUACUCAUUUACAUGAAGGGCUUCCCAUUUUGAAUGGAACAAGAUAUAUUGCGGUAUCAUUUAUAGACCCUUAAUUUUAUUCCCCUGGCCUAUUAAAAGACAACGUUUGGCUCCUGAUGAUAAACUCUUAUUUAUAAUACUUCUCCCAGAAGAUGGUGAUAAAAGAAGCUUCUUCUAGAAAACUGCUUUACUUUGGGCUAAAAUAUUGGGAAAACGUUUCUUAGUUGUUGGAAAUCAAGCAUCUGCUCUGAGCCUUGAGUCACAAAUAAAAAACAAGCAUUCAAAUUCUCUCAUUUGCUGCCUUUAAAGAGAGAAUUCCUCAAUGUAGACUUUUCAUAAGCAUUUCCCAUUCAUAAUAUGAUGAAGAUAAGGUGCAUUCUUUGCUCAAUUAGAGGAUAUCUGCACAUAUUUAUAAAAAAUCAGUGGGUCAUAGAUAAAUGCAAAUUAUUGGUGGUACAAAUAUAUGUUGUUUCUUCAGGUAUUAAAAAUGGUUCUUAAAGAAGAAACGUUCCAGAAUGGAACUCCCUUUGAUUCACCAAGUGCCCUUCGGUCAAUCUGUGCUAUUUAGAAAAUAAACUUUUUGCACCAGAUUAGUGCUGGCAAUCCAAACUCCCUCUCCAGAAUUUUAGUAAACGUUAAUACCAGCAUGUUUUGAAAAGAAAAUUUUCUGCUCCUAUUUAACACUACUUGAAUUUUUUUAUCAGGAAAUUGAUAAAUAGCUGAAGUUGCUCUUUUUAAAUUUUGCGGGUUUUGACUUGUCUUUUGUUAUCAAGGGAUCAGUUUUAAAUAAUCCCUGAUGUGCCUACUGUUUGUAAUUUAAAAGUUACACUUGAAAAAAAUGCUGAAACAAUGAAACCUGAGGUGCUAAAAUGCACACUUUUUAAAAACGCCUAGUGAAAAAUAAAGAAAUAUUAAAUUAAGAAGGUUUUUAUUGUGUCUGCUUUUAAAGAUAUACUGCAUUUGAUCUCUGUUUUGUAAGCAGAGAAUCCUAUGGGGCUCCCCCCCCCCUCCGUAUGAUGUUUUGGAGUGUGUAUGUAACUUAAUGAGUGCCUUGCAUUUUUCAAUUCUAGGCAGGUUUUAGCAGUGAAGAAAUUUUUCAUAUCUGCAUUUUGUGACUUUCACUUGAAAAAUGAAAAUAAAAUCUUUCUGAAGUAA